AUGCCAAAAUCAAAACCCUCAAAGAAAGAUCACCAUCCAUCUCAAUCUUUAUCCCACCAGCAACCUCCUAACUGGCCCCCUCUCCGCCCUCUAGUCCCCUCUUCCGAUCUCUACCUCGAUCCCCUCCUCCCCGACCAGAUCUACCUAAUUCGCAACUUCCUCCCUGCCUCCCUCUGCAAGACUUAUGUUUCCUUCCUCGCCUCUUUACCACUCACUACAACCCCUGGGAAACCCAAGAAAGGCGACGCCGUCCGCGUCAACGAUAGAUUUCAGAUCCAGGAUGCUACAUUUGCGGAGAACCUCUGGCGGGGAACAGCGCUAAAGGAGCUUGUGACAAACCCUGUUUCUGUCGAUGAUGGAGUCGGGGAGUAUAGCGACGGAGGUCGGUCAAUGAAAGAGAUCUGGGGCGGGGAACCGCUGGGAUUGAAUGCGAACAUUCGUGUUUACCGGUAUUCUCCAGGGCAAUUCUUUGCACAGCAUUACGAUGACUCCAACACUCUCUCAUUCCUAUCGCCCUCAAUGCCCCCCAAGCCAGCCCGAACUACAUGGACACUCUUGAUCUAUCUCUCGACCUGCACAGGGGGAGAAACAGUCUUCUAUCCGCAGCGAACACGGUCGGAUCCUAACCCGGAGCCGAUCUCAGUAGCACCUGAAAUGGGGAUGGCGCUGUUACAUCGGCAUGGGGACCAAUGUCUACUACACGAGGGAAAGGAGGUUACGCAUGGGGAGAAAUGGGUGUUGAGGAGUGACUUGGUGGUUGCGCGAUAA